CGUCUCGUCGGCUGUAUAGUCUGAUGCAUAUUUUUUGCUACAGUACAUUACUGCAGGCAGAAUCCCGCCCAUAAUCGUCAUCGUCACUGAUUCAAAUUGCUAGUGGAGCAGGAUGCACACAGUAGCUCAGUAGCUUUUGCUAGAGGAAAGGGAACGUAUACUGCCUUUGUGUUUCGCAUGACAGUGUUUCACUAUUGGAAGAAAUGUGGACAGAAAUAGGAAAGCUAAUGCUGUUGCAUUUGUUAUUAAUGGAGCUACAUUUAACAAAAGGGACUAAAACGGAAUGCGAAACUGGCCAAUUUCAAUGUAAAAACGAAAGGUGUAUACCCACAAUUUGGAGAUGUGAUGAUGAUGACGACUGCUCGGAUAACAGCGAUGAAGAAAACUGUCCAAAGAAGACCUGCGCUACCACGGACUUUGCCUGCAAGAAUGGGCAGUGUGUCCCAGAGAGGUGGCGCUGUGAUGGCGAACCCGAAUGUUCAGAUGGCUCGGAUGAAUCCGAGUCCACCUGCAGUCGACAGACGUGUCCUCCUGAGAAAUUCAGCUGUGGGGGGUCCUCUAAUAAGUGCGUGUCAUUAUCCUGGCGCUGUGAUGGAGAGACAGACUGUGAGAACGGUGCAGACGAGGCUGGGUGUUCGUCUGAUGCUAAGGCCUGUCCCCCCACCGAGUUCCGGUGCCGGAACCGCAAGUGCCUGGCCGCCAUGUUUGUGUGCGACGGGGACGAUGACUGUGGCGACGGCAGCGACGAGGAGAAGUGCUCGGCCCCCAGCUGCGGCCCCCUGGAGUUCCGCUGUAACUCCUCGGCCUGCAUCCCCAAGCUGUGGAGCUGCGACGGGGACCCGGACUGCCCGGACAAAUCGGACGAGUCCGUGGAGCUCUGCGGCCACAAGACGGAGCCGGAGAAGCCCAGCUGCAGCAGUGGAGAGUUCCUCUGCGCCAGCGGGGAGUGCAUCCACCUCAACUGGAAGUGCGACGGAGACGCCGACUGCAAGGACAAAUCUGACGAGGCCCACUGCCCCUUGGUGACGUGCAGGCCUGACCAGUUCCAGUGUGGAGAUGGCUCCUGUAUUCACGGCAUGAAGCAGUGCAAUAAGGUGCAUGACUGCUCGGACUUCAGCGACGAAGCUGGCUGUGUAAAUGCAACUAAAUGUGAAGGACCCACGAAGUUCCAGUGUAAGAGUGGAGAAUGCAUUGACAGCACCAGAGUAUGUGAUUCUCAAAAGGACUGUAGGGACUGGUCUGAUGAACCCAUCAAAGAAUGUGGUUUAAAUGAAUGUGAAUCUAACAAUGGCGGCUGCUCCCAUAUAUGCACAGACCUCCGGAUUGGCUACAUAUGCGAAUGCCCCACGGGAUACAAGCUCCUGGACAAGAAGACGUGUGGAGACAUAGACGAAUGUGAGAAGCCAGAUGUAUGCAGCCAAAUCUGCAUCAAUUACAAAGGAGACUACAAGUGUGAAUGCUACGAGGGCUACGAGAUGGACCCAGUAACCAAGACGUGCAAGGCAGUGGGAAAGAGUCCCUACUUGAUGUUCACAAACCGACAUGAAAUCCGGAGGAUUGACCUUGUGAAGAAGGACUACACUCAGGUUGUGCCCACUCUAAAGAACGCCAUUGCCCUUGAUGUGGACGUCACUGCUAAUAAGAUGUACUGGUGUGACCUUUUUCACCUCAAGAUUUACAGCACUCAAAUCAACAAGGCCAGUGACGUUUCCCAGCAGGUCACUCUCAUAGACUCCUAUCUGCACUCUCCGGAGGGCCUGGCCAUGGACUGGGUGCACAAGAACAUCUACUGGACCGACUCCGGCAAUAAGAGCAUCUCCGUGGCAACGGCUGAUGGCAAGAAGAGGAAAACGCUGGUGGACAACGACCUCGGCGAGCCCCGUGCCAUCGCUCUGGAUCCAAAACAAGGGUUCAUGUACUGGUCUGACUGGGGUAACCAGGCCAAGAUUGAAAAGGCUGGGCUAAAUGGUGUGGACCGGCAGAUAUUGGUGUCAGAAGGCAUUGAAUGGCCUAAUGGAAUAACUCUUGAUUUGCCUAACAAGCGUCUCUAUUGGGUAGACGCAAAGCUCCAUCUCAUCUCCAGUGUUGACUUCAAUGGAGCCAACAGGAAGGUCCUCAUUUCAUCCAUGGACCAUCUGAGUCAUCCAUUUGCCUUGACAGUGUUUGAGGACAGGGUUUAUUGGACAGACUUGGAACAUGAAGCAAUUUACAGUGCCAACAGGCUUACUGGGCAUGAUGUUUCAACAUUGGCUGAGAAUCUCAACAGCCCACAUGAUAUUGUUGUGUUUCACGAACUGAGACAACCAAAAGCUCCAAACAGCUGCAAUGUGGGUACUUUGCCGAACGGAGGCUGCGAAUAUCUGUGUCUCCCAGCACCCCAGAUCACGGAUCACUCUCCCAAAUACACCUGUGCCUGCCCUGACGGGAUGCAACUUGGCCUGGACAUGAGAGAGUGUGUCACAGCACCACCAACUAUAAAACCUAAACCAGUGACUAUCACAACUAUUACAACAACAACAACAACAACAACAACAACAAUGAAGACAACAGCCACAAAUCCCAGCACAACUGUGCGCACCACCAGUGUCUCAACCGCCACUGUUCCCCCACCUUUUCCCAGCACCCUAGUCACCACCAGCCCAACCACCAGCAGGCCCAUGUCCCUUACCACCCCAGAGUCCUCUCGUGUGCCAGACCCACAUCCUGCCACGCGCUCCGACACCGUGCUCAGGGAGAACAGCAAUCUGUCACAUCGAUCUGGAAGUGAACACCACCUCCUGGGAAAUAAUAUAACUGUGGCUGUGCUUGGGAUUGUCAUUCCUAUAGUUCCUAUCAUUGCUACAGUGUUCAUCGGGCUGCUGUGCACGGGCGGCUACCUCAUCUGGAGAAACUGGAGGAGGAAGAACACCAAGAGCAUGAACUUCGACAACCCCGUGUACAGGAAGACCACGGAGGAGGAGGAUGACGAGAUCCACAUCGGGAAGACGGAGCAGAUCGGGCAUGUCUACCCCGCUGUGAGUGGCACCAUCCGGCCGCCUUUCACCGCCCUUCCGCUCGGAGGAGUGCCAGACUCCGGGACUCAUUGGUAUUCGGGGCAGGGAGUUCUUUCCACCGCUUAGUCAGACAAAAGCACUGAGGCCUCUGACUCCCGGGGAGAAAGGGACAGGCACACAGGCGUGACAGGCGAACUGCAGUCUCUCCAAUCCUAGCCCGGCUCCGCCACGAAGGCUGAAUUAAUUCCGAUUUUUUGUGGGGGGGAUAUUGAAUAGUUUGACCUUUAUGAAUUCCACUUUUUUUACCUUUGUAAAAUCAUGGCGGCCUGAUGAUGAGAGAAGGCUCAGUGGGAAUUGGAGUAGCUUUCAGGAUAGAACUAUGCGGUUUCAUUGAUUUUUUACAUAGAAGGACAACCAGCCAUUCUUAUGCCCUUUUCAAUUCUCUUUGAAGUGUGAAUGAAGGCAGUUUCCUAUUGAAAACUUUUUAAGAGGAACCAGAAAGCACCUUAGAUGAUCGGACAAUCUAAUUUUAACUGACUUUUUUAAGCUUACUGUACAAUUUUCAGUAUUUCGCACGUUUUCUUAUUUAUAAAUGAAUUUCGUUUGUGAGGGAGAGAGUAAAAUUGAGAAGGAAAGCCAACAGGAAAAGGGGGAUGGAUCUUGUAUGAAAUUCUAAAUCCUGCCAUGUCCUGUUAAUCCAGCUGCUGUGCAGAAAAUUGGAUAGAGGAUGUAGAGAGAGGGAGAUUAAAGUUCUGUCACUACCACAGGUGACAGGCUCACCCUGGAAUCAUAAUUCCAGACCCGAGUCUCGGCUUUAUCCGGUGGACUGAAAGGCGAGGUGUGCAGGUAUUCUGCAUGUGGGCAACUGUUCUCUUCAAAACUACCAGGCUGCGCUCUUGCAACUACCAGAGAAGGAAAAGACUAACGGUUCCUAGGUUGGACUAAAAAAAAAAUGUGGAUUUGAUUUGUAAGCAAGACAGCCCCUCCUAUUCGUUUAUAGUGUGUAGAUAUCCCCGUAUCAUUUCCAAAGCCAAAUAAGACCCUUGAAGGCUAAAUUAAUUUGCAGCUGUCAUGUGAUUUAUUGCAUUCUAAAUUCUUACUUUGUCAAUAUUCUCAAUUGGAAGACUAGAGUAGCGUUGUCUGUGUUUAAAUUUCUAGCUGCUUCUUUUUCCUUUUGUUUUCUGGCCUCUGUGUUAACACACUUUUAUCUGGUCUCUGCAGCGCGUGGCGCUAAGUCUGGAAGAUGAUGGAUUACCAUGAGGAGAAUGUUCUGUGCCCGACCCUGUCCUUUAUCCACAGUGACCACAGUCUCCUGGGGAGACUAGAGCCUGCAGCAUUGAGGUGCUGAGAAAGAGAGAGAGGGGGGAAGCUGAAUCAGUCUUAAAACAGCCAAGGGGUGUGUGGUUUUGUUUUUCCUUAUGCUUUUGUUUCUCUUCUUUUCCUUCAAAAUAUAUACAUGUCAACCCAUCUGUUUCUAAACAAGUUUUAACUUGUGCUACUAGCCAUGCACAGUAGUAAGGAAACCUGUUUAAUGAUGACUAACCUCAUUGUUCAUCAUCGACGCACAUGUAUAUCAAAGCUGGAUUCCCAGCAUUUUGUACGGAAUCUUAUUUUAAUUUUUGGAUUUUUAAUUUUAAUUUUAUUUAAAGUUUUAUUUAUUUAUUUUUGUCCCCGGUACUGUAAAUAGAUUAAGGCUUUUAGGGCACUGAUACUUCCAGAGGGUGGGCUGCAGGAGACCAAUGGUCAUAGAGGAAGUGACCUGAGUUCAGAAAGAUUAAGUGCCAGAGGGCACAGUUACAAGGUGGCAGCAGAGGAAAGCUCUGGGGAUGGGAUUAUCUGUUUUGUUGGCAUCGGUGGUACACAAUACUUAGAAAUGGAUAGCCGCCUGACUUUUUGAGAGGGCUUGGAGCCAGGCGCUUCUGUGCCUAGUGAGCGAUCUACACUGCUGUGUAUGAAAAAUGCAAUGCAGUAGCCAGGCUAACUGGGAAAUGUGACCUUACGAAAUGCGGAUUUUGGUCAGUGGUUUCGUAGCCAAUGGUAUAGAGCAGAAAUAACGAAGCUGUUACUUUUAUGUAUGCUUUUGUGGUCUCAGUGCUGCUUUCCUGUGCAAGUUUGACUCUGCUAUAUAACUGGAAAAUCAUUGCUAUUCUUAGGAAGUUCGGUUUCUACUUUCCUCAGUUGCGGUUAUUUCCGAGCUAUAUUCCUUUAGAUCAGGUUGCUUAACUAGUUCCAAGGAAGAGACUGCAGUUAUAUUUAAAAGUAUAAAACAAGGAGCAAGAAUCUUUUUUGCCCCAAGCAUGGAGGCCAGUUAACGGUGUACUAAGGUCAUGAGUGAUACUAGAGAAGUAUCAGACUGUCCGCUAGAGGGAGCUAAAGCCUUGCUUAGACCAAGAUCUUUUUUGCAGUGAAGAGCUGAAUCUUCAGUGAUUCAGGAAACCCAUUUUGACUGCAAAUGAUGUAGGGAAACGUAAUAUAACGUGUGAUUUGGAUUUGGCCUUGUCACCAGGUUGAACGCCUCUACCCUAAGGAAAAGCCCCAUGGGAAUGUUUAUUGUCCACAGUGUGGACAGACCCUCAGUUGAAGGUUUCCCCCCAAAGACAAUAUGUCACUGGGGCUUUGGCAGAGGAAAGCAUGCUGUCUGUUCAAAUCGGGCUUCACUUCAUCACAGCUUUUGGUGACCAUGUCGAAUGAGUAGCCCUGCAGAAUCACUGCAUCUGUGGAAUGUGGGCAUGAUAUAAAAAUCUGCAGCUCUCGUUUUCAUUUUACCUCUCUGAUCCAUAAGUCCUUUACAAUUUGCCAGCUUUGUUGGAGUUAAAGUAUGUAAAUAAUAGCCUACAAGCUUCUCUGCUCCUGUUUUCUUGACAAAGCAGUGACUCCCCUCAGGAAGGGGAUCUAGAUCUUCAUAUUUCUAGUUGUGUAGUUUUGUUACAAAAGGGAAGAAUAUUUAUUUUUAUGCUUGUACAGUUGCAUCUUUCUAAUCUUCUAAGCCUAUAUUUCUACAUAUGUGUUUAGAUCUUUUUUUUGCUACUGACAAAAGUAAGGUACUUAGGGGAUAAUUUUCUUAAUAUAUAUAUUUGAACCCUAACAUGCAGAGAGUUCUACAGUCAACAAAGAAACCCUAGAGCUAAUAGGCAAGUUCAAGUGAUGGCACUUUGUUUCUAAAAGCGGACUAAAAAGGAACAUUAUUCCAUUUUGAUUGGAAAGUCUGUUUUAUGGUCCAAAUUAGCUUUUUGUGUUUGUUUUAUUCUGUUGCCUGCAGCUAACUGUUAAGCAGAUUGAUGUUUUUGUGUUAUUCUUUUCCACUUAUAUCAAUUGAAUAUAUAUGCUGUGAUUGUCAAGCUCCCUUUGGGUUUUCAUCAUUAGCAUAACAACUAAUAGGCAGCACGUUGUGGGGUUGAGGUUGUGGCUCAAAAUGCAUUAAUGGUUUAUAUUGCAAUUAACUGCACUAAUCGAUCGAUGCAUUCCUGGUUGAAAGCAAAGCGUCUUCUCUGUAGUGGAGGCUCCAUACCUGGCAGGUUAGAGUCUGUGUCUGUGAAACAAUUUGUGGCGUGUAAAUGAUCAGGAAAAUGAAUGAAAUAUCGUUCCUCUCCUUAGAACUAUCGAGCACUUGUGCAAGUGGGAAUGUGCAUCAGUUUUUCUUUUCAGAAGAGAUAGUGACACGCUGAGGAAUAAAGACAACUUGCAAUUAUUUUGCAGCCCCUUUUACUAAGCUUAAUGAUCCAGAUUUGUAUUGAAGCUCCUACUCUGCUACAUUAAAAGCAACUGUAUUAAAUGACAGAAAAGGUAUGCUGUUGUUUUCUAUCCACUUCAAGAAGAAGCUGCCUUGCUAUUCUGUGCAAUUUAUCAACUGCAAGUCUUGUAGUGGCCCAGGACACAUCUGUGCCCUGAAUGUAUUCUUGGCUUUGGUGUGGGAUUUGUUAGAGUCGAGCUGAAUUAAUGAGAUCUCUUGGCAUUGCAUGUUAUGUGACUCAUUGCUCCACAGAGGCAUAAAUAUGUAUACAGUAUACAGUAUUUAUGAUGUUAAAUGUGUGGAAUUUAACUUAUACAGUAGAGUUGCCUCCAAAUCACUUUGCAUGCCAGAAAAGCAACAGUCACUUCUUUUAUAGGGAGUAGGUAUUAGACCUUGUGAUCAUAUUGUUGUGUUACUGGUGCACGAGGACUUGUCUUACUUGGUUUCCCUGGCACAAAUUCUCUGUAGCAGCUACCUUAAGAAAAAAGAUGCUUCAGUCUCUUUGUGUGCUGUCACUGGAAUGGGAAUGUUAGGAACAUUCAGCACGUAUUAAGAACAUAAGAAAGGUUACAAACAAGAGCAGGCCAUUUGGGCCGUCAAGCUCAUUUGGAAGGUAGUAACUAAUGGAGUCAUGAUUUCAUCCAGCUGUUUCUUGAAAGAAACCAGGGUGUCGGCUUCAAAAACAUGGCUUGUUAGCUUAUUCCACAUUUCCACGACAUGUCAGUGUGCUAGUACUGUAGCUGUCAUCUGAACCUACUGGAAGGCUAAAGUUCUUUGUGGUUAAAAACAACAAAAAAGCAAUUAAAUGCUUAUUUUUGUCUCAGACCUGGGAACUUUAAGCAUGAUAGAGAUAGAAAUGCAUGGAUUUACUUUUGAAUUUUAUAAAUUCUUGAACCAUAGAAUUAUGGGUUCAAAUGAACAGGUUAUCUACCUAAACUUGGUCAUCACUUUAUUUCUGUCUAGUCUCUGUGCAUGUAUCUGUGUACAGUUAUAUACAUAUAUAUAUAAACUGUUGGUGACAAGGGUGGCAUAGUGGAUAGUGUUACUUCCUCAGAGCUACAAUUUCCUGAGUUUGAUUCCAGGCUUAGGGUAUCUUUCUGUGUGAGUUUGCAUGUCCUUCUUGGGUUUGUGUGGGUGUUUUCCUGAUACUCUGCUUUCCUUAUCUGGUCUUCAAAAAGAAGGAAGUCAAGCACCGCAUCUUUUUACUCUGACCAGUGAGUGACACCUCUCCGCCCUGUACCUAGAACAGGACAUAGUUUAAUACUAUAUAUUAAUGGCAAAUCACUAAGCUUAGUGAUUGCUACUUUUUUCCUUUACAUUUGUGAGUUGCCUGCACUAAUAAUGAUCAGCUGGUCUGUAUACGCCUGUGUUGUGCUCAUUCCUAAAUGUUAGUACCCAAACCAACCUCAAAACAGCCUAGCCUGAUGAGCUUUCUUUCUCCAUACUAAUUCUAUGCAUUCUGAAUGGCUGAGUUUCAGUGGGAUUUUAAUCAUGAUCUAUCAUUCUUUCUGUGUUUCAUAAUGGUUCCAUUAGCACCGCUACUAACCUUUUUUUUUUUAAAGGGCUAUCCUUAAUUAAAAAAAUAAAAACUUGAAGGACACAUUGACAACCACUUCUUUACUGUAGAGGCUAGAGGAUACGAACCCUUUUAAUCAGCAGGUUCUUCCAAGUAUUUGAGCUUAUCCUUCCAGAUCUCUUGCCAAUUCUCUUCCUCAAAAAGAGUGGAGAAGGCGACGAGGAGGGACUUCUCUGAUGGCAAGUUUCCAUGUCUCAAAACGACACUAGACCGGUUUGUUUUUCAACGCUUUCCUCUGUGUUCUGUGAAUAUGACAUUCAUUUCCCUUGAGAAAUAUCUUCUUGUUCAUAUUUACUGUACUUGAUGUGUAUUACUUGAAAAAUAAUGUUCAGGUUCCUCUUUUGUACCUGUUUGUGUAGGCUGGGGUUAGGGGAUGGGAGAAACUCAAAGUUUUCUGGAUUCUGUUCAUUCCUCAGCUGUAUUGAAAGAAUUUUGUACUCUAGUUUGUUGCACAAACCUCAGAAAUGCCUUCUGCACUGUGUAAGUGGUUCUUUGUGGGAAGGGGAAAUGGUAGAAAUGAUUUUAAAUCACAAUUUGUAAAUAUGUUUUCAGAUUGCAGAUUUUUGAUAGAAGUUUUAAACAUUUCUGUUAAACUGUGUAUAUAUAAAAAAAAAACUUCCGAACGAGUGUAGACCAUAUCUGAAUUUAUCUGUACACAGCAGCACUGGCUUUCUUUACUACUUGAUUGUAACACAAAUUAAUAAUCAGCCAAAGUGUUUUUUUAUUCUGUUUUGUUUUAUUUUUUUUCUAACAGAUCUUGCUAAAGGUGAAGUUGUUGUACUGCAUUAUGUUCUGUUAUUGUUGAUAAUUUACUUAUGUGUUAAAAGAGAGGUUUUCUUUUAAUUUUAAUUUAUUUGGUGCCUUGUGUGUCUUCUUGUAUAUUUUACUACUUGUCUUUUUUUUGGGGGGGAGGGUAUGUGUGUGGGUUAGGGGGGAACAGGGAAUACUGUAGUGAUUUUACUUAGUAACUGCUGUACUUACAAUGAAUAUCUACUGUAUGCCAAAAUGGUCUCACUCACGUUUCUAUGAAAUCAGACUGUUCAUAAAUAUCUAUAUAUAUUGAUAUAUUAAAUUUAUAAAAAUGAGA